CACGUGGAAACAACUUUCAGCCAAGGAUACUUUCUUAUGAUUUAAUUUUUUUGUAGGGACCCUAAAAAUUCUUGGCAAACUUGACAAUUAAUCCACCUUUUCUCAAUCCAUGUAUAAAAUUCUGUUCCUCCCCUCCCCACUCACAGAUAUCAGCCAUGCAGAUUAUACACAAUGGAGGGUAAAUCCACGGGUAAAGAAGGUACCAGAAGCGAGCCGGCUCGAUACCGGGGCGUACGUAGACGGCCUUGGGGGAAAUUUGCUGCAGAGAUACGCGAUUCCAACCGACAGGGAACUCGUGUUUGGCUCGGGACGUUUAAUACCGCAGAGGAGGCUGCUCGAGCUUAUGAUAGAGCCGCUUAUGCCAUGAGGGGUCAUUUAGCGAUUCUUAAUUUUCCUCAUGAGUAUCCUAUGGGAUGCGACGAUGCUAAUGCUUACUGUCGGUCGUCUUCCGCUGGUUCCUCAUCUUCGUCUUCGUUGAUGGAGAGAGGCAAACAGGUGUUCGAAAUAGAGUAUUUGGAUGAUAAUUUGCUUGAAGAACUUCUUGAAAUUGAAGAGAAAAAGAAGAAGAAAAUGUGAUGGCAUCUUAAUUUUUAACUGGUCAAAGUAUCUUGACUCUCACUUUUGGAUAACUAACUAAAGCAUAUUACUUUCAGGACAUAUAUAUAUAUAUAUAUAUAAUAUUACACCAAUAGUCAACACAUUAAAUAGAGUGAAAGGCUCUAGUUUCUGUAAUGUACCUGGGAAUGUAUUGUCACUAUCUAAAUUAUAAAUAAUUAU